AUGUCCGCGUCAGUAAGAAAUACAGUAACUAGCCAAGAAAAUGGGAGUAUCUUUAAACGGUCCAGUAACUUGGACAACGAACUCAAAAAGAAGUCCGUGGUGGUUAAUCAGGCACAAGCCGAAGAGUCUAAGGCUAAGAAGAAAGAUACUACGCACUAUUACAGUGUGGAAACACUUGCCGAUCUGCAGUAUCGAUCUCAGAUAAAGGUUUUGGAAAAGGUCUAUGGCGAGGAGGUUGAUAUGACACCUAAGCCGAUCCAAGAUGACACUUAUGUGGAGCAGUUCAUGAAGUACAACCUAAAUGUCAUGCACCAAAUGACGAACUUCACUACAAUGGUAACCAAGAGCACGACCAGAUCCCGCACGCGGUCCAGUGUUCGGGCCGGAAUAGGCGGCAAUAAGCAGUCCAUUGACGAUCUGAUGAACGGUAUACUUUACGAAACUAUUAACUGGGAACCGUACAGCACUGUUGAGGCUCUCGAAGAGGCGUACGAGCCCAAGCCGUAUACCAAGUCCUUUUUAAAGAUCACCUUACGCAAGUCUGACUUCUUCGAAAUUCACAGCCAGACGCAGACGACGGUGGCCAAGGGAACACCCGAGGGCGACGAUGCGGAACGCGACAACCGAAACUACGAGUAUCUGACAGUAGGCAAAGGCAAAAUUCGCCGGCGCUCAGACAAUGAUGCUCAGACAGAUACUCUGCUCUUCACCACUCGGGCAGUCAACACCAUCCUCAUAACCAAGGCCACCGUCAGCUCGUACGUUUCCAACUUUGAGAUGUACGACACGCUGAACAAUAUCACCAAGGAGUUCGCAACAGCCACUAUGAGUUCGGUAAAGGACCUGACCUCGGCUCUAGCGCAGACGGAGGAGGCGGAUACCUUUGAGGACGACGAGGCCGUUGCCGAAAAAGACAAGGUCACCAGCCAGAUAGAACGCCUGUUCCGGAGCCCCGAGUUUCGCAACGCCAUCAUGUACAUGGGCCGCACGCUCUCGAGCAACACAAACGAGGCGGGGUUACGACGCUUCCGUAACUUUGACCAGGUGGAACGCUGGAAUGCGGAGGCCGAGUACGUCUACUCGAUGAACUUGCUCUUCCGGCUGGUACCGGAGCCCAGCAAAGACGAGCGCAAGGCCGUAAGCGACAUUGAUUUCUGCCGCAGCAAUGGUGACAUCCUGGCUGUAGCCUACGGACUUUACUCAUUUUCCUCACAACACGUACCGACCUCCGGCAGCGUUUUCCUGUGGAGCAUUAAGAACCCAGGUGAGCCGGAGCGCGCAUACUACUACGAUGUGCCAGUAACGGCAAUAAGCUUCUCGCCAUUCUUGCCAUCCUUGCUCGCCAUUGGUCUGUACGACGGCAGCGUGGAAGUGCGAGAUGUGAGCAGUUUGCAGGACACACCCGUUGCGGUCUCGCAGCGCAGCACUUCACCAGGCUCCUCGCCGGUGGUUGCCAUCCGCUGGAUCAAGCAAGUUUCAGACGACGAUCAUGAAACAGACAUCGAUCCAUUCCUGAGCCUCUCCCAGGAUGGCUCGGUCACCCGCUUCCGGAUUAUCAAAAGCCCCUUCCUGCUUGGUUUUACCCAAAUGAUUUUGGAGCGAGUCGAGGGGCAUCCUGAGGGCAUUUUCGUUCACCCGUCGUCGCGUAUCCCCUGCGAGUCUAACCGCCACCCGCAAGGCUUAAGCAUCACUACGCAUCCACUGCACAAGGACAUUUACUACGUGCUGACCGAUGAGGGCUGCAUCCACAAAUGCUCAAUCAACUAUCAGCACCAGUACUUGGAAGUCCUGCGUUGUCACGACGGGGGUGUCACCGUAAUGGAGUUCUCGCCUUGGUCUCCCAAACUUUUCCUCACCUGCGGCAACGAUUGGUUCGUGCGCAUUUGGAUCGAUGGCAUCACGCGACCUCUCCUCGAACUGCUGGACGAGAUGACCCCAGUGCACUGGGCCAAGUGGAGCCCCACCCACUCUACGAUUAUUGUGACGGUGAACCGGGAAACCGCUAACGUCUGGGACUUUCGUCGUAAUUUGCUAAGACCCAUGUCCAAACACAAGAUGGACUCUUCUUUCAAUACUGUGGCCCGGUUUUCCCACUGUGGUCGCACUUUGGUUAUUGGCAAUGAGCGCGGGAACACGCUCUUCAACGCGCUAAACGACAUGCCCUUUUCGCCCCACUUUCAAUACGACGAGUUAGAGAAAGCCAUCUUCAAGGCAAUUGGCAACGACCACGAGCUUCUUAUGGAGCUUAAAAGCAUUGGUUUCUUUGGCUACCCAAACAAAAAAGCAGUUUUUUAGAUAUGAAAAAAGGUUUUCUCAAUAAAAUAAUGAAGUGCAAAAUAAUUCGUCAGCCCGAAAGCGAAUCUGGAUGUGGAUGGAAACGUCCACGCUUCAGCUAUCUAAGAGACACAACGGCGAUCGAUCGAGUGUCAAACAAAACUACCCAAUAGUAACCUGAUAUCAUCCGAACGGACCGGGUAUUACCUGCACAAGCACAAAAAUCCGUUCGAAAAGAUGAGCUCCAUUGUUCUUCAAGUGUGUGUGGUUGA